AUGGAGGAAAUGUACGGAUUGCAAUCUACGGCGGAGUACGGGGACAAGGGUUUUCAAUCAACGGCGGAGUACGAAGACAGGGCGCUGAUGACCCCGGAAAAUCUGAUCCUACCCUUGGAUUACCAGAGCCUGCUCGUCUCAUCCGGAGCCUUCCGUGGGGAGCAUCAUCAUCAUCGGGUCCCGAUGUUCGGAUCGGACGACGUGGUACUGUACUCGGCCAUGUCGGAGGCAGCUUCACCAACAAUCACGCCGGAAUUUCAACGCGAGGAAGACGUGUUUGGCGCCAUCAAAGCCAAAAUUGCCUCGCACCCCACUUACCCUAGACUCAUUCACGCUUAUAUUGAGUGCCAGAAGGUAGGGGCGCCUCCGGAAAUCGCGAGUUUCUUAGACGAAAUCCGCCGAGAAAACGACUUUUAUAACUAUAAGCAGCAGCAUCAGCAGCAGCAGCAGCGAGGCUCUUGUAAUUCUAAUUCUUCUAUGUCCUCCACGUAUUUAGGAGCCGAUCCCGAGCUCGACGAGUUCAUGGAAACCUACUGCGAGAUGCUGGUGAAAUACAAAUCAGAUCUCUCAAGGCCUUUUGAUGAAGCAACCACUUUCUUGAACAAGAUUGAACUGCAACUUAGCAAUCUCUGCACUUCAUCUGCUCACGCCUCCUCCAUUAGAACCCUCUCCGAUGAAGGCGGUGCGUCAUCAGAUGAGGAUUUCAGUGGCGGAGAAAUAGAAGUGCAGGAAGCUCAACAAAGGGGUGAAGACCGAGAUCUCAAGGACCGGCUCAUGCGUAGGUUUGGCAGUCACAUUGGCACCUUGAAGCUUGAAUUCUCCAAGAAGAAGAAGAAAGGAAAGCUACCAAAAGAAGCAAGGCAAACGUUGUUUGAUUGGUGGAGUGUUCAUUAUAAAUGGCCAUACCCAACGGAGGCUGACAAGAUUGCGCUGGCUGAAUCGACGGGGCUAGAUCAGAGGCAAAUCAACAACUGGUUUAUCAAUCAGCGCAAGCGCCAUUGGAGACCAUCUGAGAACAUGCAAUUUGCAGUGAUGGAUAAUAUUGCCGGUCCAUUUUUCACAGAUGACUGA